UUGCGAACUUCUUUGCUUGAUCUUUGUCCAAUACUCUUCAAUAGGAUUUAGUAACAUAACAAAUGACUUGAGUUGGUCCCAUGAGGUGGGUCUCUCUUAGCACCAGCUAUCUUUUGUUUUUUUUUUCUGCCACUAGUUUUUGGAAUUUGCUGAGAAAGUGCAGUCAAUUCAUAUACAGACAUACAACCCAGAAUAUUCAAGUUAAUACUUUUGGGUUGAACUUCCACUUCUGCGGGUGUUCUCCUCUUCGACCAGGCUACAGAGUGCACCCUAUUCUUUUUGAAUCCGCUCUCAUCAAUAAGUACGGACCUUCUUUUAAAAUUGAUACUGUUAUCAUUAAUAUACUCAACAAACUGUCUUCGCAGUUUCCUCAAAUCUUCAGAAUUAUGAGCUGUUGUUCUGGUUUGAGUAUGAGUGAGCGUAAAUACCAUUUUUUUUUAAAAAUAAAAUAAAAUAAAAUAAAAUUGGUGUUUACUGCAACAG